AUGAAUAAUAAUUUUAAUAUAAAUGUACAAAUGGAUGAAGAAUCUGUUAAGAAAUAUGAAGCAGAAGUAAAUAAUUAUUUUGCAAAAUUGUACACAGGGGAUAUUACAGUAAAUACUAUGCUAGAUAUAUUAAAAGGUUUAUCUAGUUCCCCUAAAGGAUCGAAAAAUAAUGAUGUGUAUAAAUGUAUGUUAUUAGUACUGUUUAAUGAAUGUAAAUUUUUUCCAAAAUAUCCACCUGAAGAAUUAGAUAUAACAGCUAAGUUAUUUGGAAAAUUAAUUAAAAAUAAUCUGUUAAUGGAUUAUGGAAAUUCAUUAAAUAUCGCUCUCAUGUGUAUACUAGAAGCUAUUCGAAAAGAAAAUGAUAUAAAAAUGUUUAACUUUGGUAUAACAGCAUUAGAACAAUUUGAAGAAUAUUUAUUAUGUUAUCCAAGUUUUUUAUCAUCAUUAUUAACAAUGAAUAAUUUAAGAAAGUAUAAUCCUCAAUAUGUUACACAUUAUAAUGAUUUAUUAAGUAUACUCCCAGAACAUAUAAGAUCUAUGCCAUAUAUAGAACCUUCUAUUAUAAUAAAAAUAAAACAACUUUAUUCUAUGAAUACAAAUAAGGUAAACCCUACUAUAAAUAAUAUGCAAUUAAUAAAUGAUGAGCACACCAAUUAUGUUUCACUCAACAGAAACAAUAACAUCAACAAUAACAUCAACAAUAACAUCAACAAUAACAUGAAUAACUACCAUAAUAAUAAUAAUAAUAUAAAUGAAAACAUUAAAAUUGGUCUACAUAUGGAUAGAUCAAAUUAUAAUAAUGAAAAUAUAACCCUUAUUAACGAUAAUACAAAUACUAAUAAUAUUAUUAUUAAUAAUAAUAAUAUUAAUAAUGAUAUAUAUAAUAACAAUAUGAAUGGAUAUGAUAUUAAUCAUGAUAAUAUUAACAAACGAAACAAUUCCAUAAAUGUUGUGAACGUUCUGGAUGGUAUCUUAAAUAAUAAUAUAAACAAUGAUAAUUUAUUAUCCAGUAUUAAUAAUAUGGUACCAAAUUAUCAACAACAAGUACCAAACUUCUCACAACAUAUUAAUAAUGAUAUCUCUUCAAAUAUUAACGAUAAUAUUAUUUUAAAAAAUAAAAACAUGAACAAUAAUAUAAAUAGCAAUAUUUUUAAUACAAACCAUUUUCCCAUAACUAACAAAAACAAUAUUAGUUAUAAUAACAAUAUUUGUAAUAUAUUAAAUAAUGAAAAUUCAAAUAACAAUAUUAAUAAUAAUGAAAAUCAAUUAUAUCUAAACAAACCUUACUUAAAUUCAACAAAAGAUAUCAUAAAUCAAUAUAAUAAAAAUGUAAACAUAUUAGGAACAAAUAACAAUAUUAAAAGAGAUAUAAAUUCUAAACUUACACAUGGAUUUAAUCAAAAUAAUUUAGAAACUAAUAUACCAAACGUGAUAGAUAAUUCAAUAAACAUGGGCAUAAAGGAACAUGUCAAGAAUAUAUUAGAUCACAAAAAAGAUAACAUGAACAAUAUGAAUAAUAUGAAUAACAUGAAUAACAUGAAUAACAUGAAUAACAUGAAUAAUGUGAAUAAUGUGAAUAAUGUGAAUAAUAUGAAUAACAUGAAUAAUAUGAAUAACAUGAACAACAUGAACAACAUAAAUAACAUCAACAACAUGAACAACAUGAACAAUGUGCAAAGUGUCAAUAUCCAACAUAAUAAUAAUAACUACAAUUUGAUUAAGGCAAAAGAACAAUCAUCGGAUAUUAUAGAAACUUUCUAUGAUCAAAUUCAAAAAAAAUUACCAAAUAAUCUGAACGCAAACAAUAUAAACGGUUUCGGUUUAGGACAAAUAGAAUGUUUAAUGGAUGCUACAGAACUUACCAAAAAUAUUAUUCUUCCCUCAUCCAUAAUUAUAGGAGAAGUUUUUAGUAUUUUUAACACCUUGUGCCUAUUUAAUAUUGAUGAAAAAAUAAAAAUCUUAAAAGAUUUUAUGCAACCUGAUUAUUUUAAUUGGCUAGCAUUUUAUAUCGUAAAAUCAAGAGCUUCUAAAGAAGUAAAUUUGCACAACGUAUUUUUAGAAUUUAUUGAUAAAUUAAGCUAUCCAUUAUUUAUAGAUACAAUUAUUAGUAUGACCUAUGAUUGUAUACUUAUAUUAUUUAAAUAUAUAAACGAACUAAAAGAAGUUAGUGCUUUCAGAACAGUUUUAAAAAAUUUAGGUUCAUGGUUAGGAUUCAUAACCUUAGGAAGAAAUAGACCACUGAAAUCAAAAAUAUUAGAUUUAAAAGUAGUUCUAUUUGAAGCAUAUGAUAAAGGUUGUUUAGUUUGUAUAUUACCUAUGGUAUGUAAAAUUUUGGAAUCUAUAAAAUUAUCAAAAAAUUUUAAACCUCCAAAUCCUUGGACUACUGCAAUAUUAUGUUUAUUAACAGAAAUUCAUGAACUUCCAAAUGUCAAAACAUACAUCAUAUUUGAAGUUGAGGUAUUGUUUAAAAAUUUAUCUUUAAACAUUCAAGAAUUCCAAAAUAAAACUAUAUUGCUUAGUAAAAGGAUGCCUCCACAAAAUAAAAAAAGCGAUUUUGUUAUGUCAAAAAAUAAUAUGAACAAUAAAAAUAUCAUGACAAAUAAUAACAACAACAACAACAACAACAAUAAUAAUAAUAAUAAUAAUAAUAAUAGUAACAAUAAUAAUAUCAAUUUGAAUGAUUUAAAUAUUAUUUCUAGUACUAAUAAUUUUAACCUACCUGUGGAUUUAAAAAAUAUAUAUAUGAAAGAAAAUAGAUCAAAUGUUAAUAAUAUAUAUAACAUAAAUAAUUCUAUUAAUGAUAGUACGAAAUUAGAGGAACUACAAAAUAUAUCACAAAAUAUAUUAUCAAAUAAUAGAAUAAAUACUGAAAUAGAUACUUAUUUUAAUACAAAUAAUCAACCAUCCUUAAAUACUAUAGAAUCUCAUUGGAACCAAAAUGAAAUUAAUAAGAAAAUUAAUCCUCUAAUAAAUGACGCUAGUUUAGUUUCUUCCUUUAAUCCUCCAGAUUUAAAAUUAAUUAAUUCAAAUACAUCACAAAAAGUUGUUUACAAUCAAAAUAGAAAUCAUUAUGUUAUUAACAAUGAUCAACAUAUACCAAAUGUAAAUUCUAAUAUGAAUCGAACGUCCAACAUAAAUAAUAAUAUAUGUGAUGUUAACAAAAAUAGUAAUCAUAAAUUUCUACAAAGUUUAGGUAAUGCAGUAAUUAUAUCCCCAUCUAUUGCAUUAUUUCAAAUACAACCAACCUUAAAACGAGUAGUACCAGUAGCUGUCGAUAGAGCAAUAAGAGAAAUAAUAGCGUCCAUAUUAGAAAGAUCAGUAUCCAUUUGCUGUGUGACUACUAGAGAAAUCAUAUGUAAAGAUUUUUGUUUAGAAACAAAUGAAUAUUUAAUACGUAAGGCAGCUCAUAUUAUGGUUGCAUCUUUGGCUAGCUCUUUAGCAUUAGCUACAUGCAAAGAACCAUUACGUAUAUCACUAACACAACAUUUAAGACAAUUAUUACAACCAACUAGUACAAAGGAUUGUAAUGAUCAAGUGCUUAUAGAACAGGUUGUUCAAAUAUUAUGUGCAGAUAAUUUAGAAUUAGGUUGUAAUUUAAUUGAACAGGCUGUUAUUGAAAAAGCUAUAAAAGAUAUUAACGAAUCAUUAGAACCAUUAUUUUUAACCAAAGAAAUAGCUAGAGAAAGUGAUAUAUCUCUCAGAGAAUCAAGCCAUCUUAGUAAAUCAAAAAAAAUGCAAUUAGAAUUCUCACAUAUUUUAAAUUUAGAAAAUCCAAUAACAAGUAAACAUUUAAAUAUAUAUACCAAUUUUAUAAAUAUAUCUCCCUUAAAAAAGUUGGAAGCAGCUGUUAAAGCAUUAACAUUAAUUUACAAAAAUAUUAAUGAUAUUAAGGAUUCAAACAAAGCAACUCCUCCAUACCAAUAUAAUGGAAAUUUAAUACAAAAUAAUGAAGAAAUAAAUAAUUACUCAAAAGCAAAUACAAUUACACAUUCAUCAAACAUAAAAGAAAAAAUAUACAUAUCAAAAGAUGAUAUAAAGAUAAAUGAAAAAAUGAAUUUAGAAAAAUAUAAUAUAAAUAAUAAAUCAAAAAAUGAACACCAUAUUGCAAAUAUACAAAAUAAUAAUAAUAAAGAAAAUUAUAACGAACAAAAUGUUUUAUCAAAUAAUAUUACAUUAGAAGUUAAUUUACAAUUACAUAAAGUUUUAAAAAAAUUGGAACUAGCCACAGGACAAUUAAAAGAAGCUAUUAAUGAUAUUAUUAAUUUACCUCCAAUAUUAUUUAAUGUUAAUAAAGAAAUAAAUUUAUCUAAUGUUAAUAAAAUGAAUUUAUAUUUAUUAUAUAGUCUAUCUGUUGAUGGAAAUAUUUUCAAUCUAAUAAAAUCCAUACCAGAAAUAGCUGCUUUAACAAAAAAUAAAUAUGAAACUAUAAUUUCAUAUACAAAUAAAAUAUAUACCUUUCUUUUAGAAAUAACAUUACCAAUCCAGCAAACACAAGUAAGUAUUAAAUCCAUUCAUGUUACGGGUAUAUACUUAGAAGUAUUUUUAUGUAUAUUAGAAAAAUUAAAAUAUAAAUGUCCUUUAUUAAAGGAUCAUAUAACGAACAUUAUAAUGUUCAACAAGAACAAAUAUGAUAAUGUAUCAAAAAAUAACAAUAAUAAUAAUAAUAAUAAUGGAAACAAUCCAAACAGUCAAAUGUCUCAUAUAAAUGUAAAAGGAGAACUACAUAAUGAUAAUAUUAAUUUAGAAAAUAAAAAUAAAGAUAUAGAUACACAAAAUUGUCCAAAUGAUCAAGACCAAUAUAUGAAUAUGUAUAAAUAUAAUGUAAAUGUUACUGCAGGUUUAAUAAGAUACAAUUUAAUUGAUAUAGAAAAAUAUAAAAAAUAUUUAGAAAAAGAACUCAUUAAUAAUAAAGAAAAUUUUACUAACCUAAUAGAAUUUGUUAUAUUACUUUUCAAAAAUAUUUUAAUAGAUUUUCAUAUAUAUAGAUAUAAUGAUUUUCAAAAUAUAUUCUCUUUAAUAAACAAAUUUAAAACAGAAGGAAAAAAAAAAAAAAACGCACUUCAGAAUAAAACUAUUUAUGUACACGGAUGGGGAAAUGUAAAUAUAAAAGAAGCAAUCGAUAAGUUAAAUGUCGAAGCUCAAAAAAUUAAAGAAAAUAAUGAAACUGUCUAUUUUUCAGAUGUAAUGCAAUUCUGCGUAGAAUAUUUUAAUAAGGAACAGGAGGAAGAUGAAAAAGAAAAAGAACAAGAAGAACAAGAAGAACAAAAAGAACAAGAAGAACAAAAAGAACAAAAAGGACAAGAAGAACAAAAAGGACAAAAAGAACAAAAAGGACAAAAAGAACAAAAAGGACAAAAAGAACAAGAAGAACAAAAAGAACAAGAAGAACAAAACAUUGAACAAAUAAUAAAAAGUAAAGGGGAAGAAAUCCAAAAUAAUGAAAAAAUAAAAGAGGAAGAAAACCAAAAUAAUAAAAAAAAAGAUGAUCAAACAAAAGCAAAUGAAGAUGAUGUAAAUAGAGAUGACACAUAUAAGAAUGAUAUAAAAUAUGAUGAGAAUAAAAAUGAUAACGAUAAUAACGAAGAAUUAAAACAAAUAAAUGAAGAAAAAGUUGAGACUAAAAAAAAGAAAAAAGAAAAACAAAAAAAAGCAAAAAUGUUAGUACAAAAUAAUGAAAAUACAAAUAAUAUAGAAAAUAAACAAAAUCAAGAAACUAUCAUAAAUGAAAGCAUAAAUAAAAAUAAAAAAGAAGAGAUAGAUAUAAAAAAAUCAUUAGAUAAUCAUUCAGAAAACUUUAAAAGGGAAUGUUCUGAAAGUUUAAUAAAUACAAACAAAGAUCAACCUUGUGAUAUUGCUUCUCAAGAAAGUAAUGAACUUAUUAACAAUUCAGGAAUCAAAAAGAAAAAUACCAAAAAAAAGGAAAAAAAGAAUAAAAAACUAAAUGAAGAAUGUAAAGAAAAUAUGGAUGAAGAAAGUAAAGAAAAAAUAGAUGAAGAAAAAAAAGAAAAAAUAGAUGAAGAAAAAAAAGAAAAAAUAGAUGAAGAAAAAAAAGAAAAAACAAAUGAAGAAAAGAAAGACAAAAUAAAUGAAGAAAAAAAUAAUAAAUUAAUAAAAGAAUCUGUUAUAAAUAAAAAUGACAAGAAUCACGUACAAUUUCAAUAUUCCAAUAAUGACAUUAAACGAGAUAAUCUGAAAUAUGUUCAAUAUAAAAAGAAAUAUUUAAAAAUUUUAAUGAACCCCAAACAUUUAACGACGUUAACACAAAUAAUUGAUUUCUGUUUAAAUACAAAUUGGAAUAUUAUACAAAUAAAAAAGAAAAGUAAAAUUUUUAAAGAUAAAGGAGUAGGAGGUUUAAGAGUAGUACCUAGACCACAACAAGUUACAAAUGAACAUGAAGAAAUUAUUAGUUUUGCAUUUAAUCAAUGGGUUAAAUUAACCAGUUUAAAUAAUAUAGAUAAUCCUAAUGAAAGCUACAUGAAAUUUUUUCAAAGUAUAUCAAAUCAAGGAUUAUUAAAAAUAGAUAGUAACAUUGAUAACUUUUUUACUGUAUGUAUAUAUAAAGCUGUGGAGGGAGCAUGUACAGUAUUAAAUUUAUACGAAGAACAAAAGGAACAUGGUACCGAGUGUGGUAGCGCAAAUGUGGAUAUAAAGGAAAAGAAUAAUAUAAACCUAUCACUCGAUGACAUGAACAACAAUAAUAAUUUAAAAAAUGAGCAACCAACUGAAUUUAUGAAUAACAAUAAUGGUAGUGCUACGGCAGAAAUUUCGGAUAAUAAAGAUAAUACUAUAAAUAAUGACUCUAAUAAAAACAAUAAUGGUACAAAAAAAGGUAAAAGUAAUAAAACAGAUGAAACUGAUGUAAAUUCCUUAAAAAGCGAACAAGAAAAAAAAGACACGGAAGAUGGAAAUAACACAAGUGAAAAGAAAAAAGAUAAGAAAAAAAAGAAAGAUAAAAAAAAUAAUCAUGAUAUAAAUAAUAAUAAUAAUAAUAAUAAAAAUGAAACUUGUAUAGAAAAAACAGAAAACAUUCAAGAAAAUAAUAAUGAUACAAAUAAUGAAUUUAAUAAAAAUAAAGAUAUAUAUAUUGAAAAUAACGAAGAACCAUAUUUUGAUGAUACUUAUUCAGAUAUUUCUUCAUGUAAUUUAACAUUUUAUUCUAAUAUAUCAAAUAAAAGUGAAAAUAUUUCAGAUGAAGAAGAAUAUACUGAUUGUGUAGGAAAUAAUGAAAAUACUACUAAAGGUUUUAAUUACAAAAAGGAGGAAAUAUUAAAAAAUCUAACUUCAGCCAUAAACCAAUCCAUAGGAAUUAAUAUAGAUGACAUACAAAAUAAAAUACAAUCUAAUAUUAUGAAUGAAGUAAGCCAAGAUAAUAAAUUAAAUGAUAAUUAUCAAAUCGAUGCGGACAAAAAAAUCGAAGAUUUGUACAAAUCUGAAAAUUUCAGCAUGGGUGAUAUAAAAUAUGAAGAUGUGAUAAUAGGAGUAUAUGAGAAGAUGGAACAAAAUAAAAUAAAAAAUGAUAAUAAUAAUGAUGAUAAUAAUGAUGAUAAUAAUAAUGAUGAUAAUAAUAAUGAUGAUAAUAAUAAUGAUGACAAUAAUAAUAAUAAUAAUAAUAAUAAUAAUAAUAAUAAUAAUAAUAAUAACAAAUCUGAUAAAAAUAAGGAUGAUCAUAAUAUACAAACAAACAACUAUUCACAAAGUGAUAUACCAAAUAAAAGUUGCAAUGUUAAUACCAAUAUUAAUGAUAAUGAGAAUUCUAAUUUAGCUAGCCAUGCCAAUAUUAAAAAUCAAUUUAAUAAUAAUAAUAAUAAUCUUAAUAAGGAUAAUAUAAAUAAAAGUACCUAUUAUACUUACAAUAAUAAUGAUAAAAGCCUUUCAGAGUUAGAAAGAAAUAUUUUAUUAAACGAUACUCUUGAUACAACUACUAUUGAUGCAUUAGCGAAAAUGAUUAUUUGCAUGAUGAAAUUAAUUGAUAUACAACAAAUAUCUCCUUUUGUGUUAUUCCAAAAAGUUAUGAAUAUAUUUUGUAGAAUUAUAGUAUAUGAAUCUAGAAAGAAUAAAAGUAAUUUUAAUCAAAGACCAUAUUAUAGAUUAUUUUUAUCUAUAUUAAUUGAAAUAAAUAAAUAUGAAAAAUCAUUCGAAGAUAUAUAUAAUAAAUUUAUAUUAGCUUUUGGAUAUUACUUAUGUAUUUUAAAUCCAAUACGUGUACCAGCAUUUGUUUUUGCAUGGUUAGAAUUAAUUAGCCAUAAAUUAUUUUUACCAGAAAUAUUGAAAAGCUCUAAAGGAUGGUAUAUAUAUAAUAAAUUAUUAAUAUAUCUAUUAGAAUUUUUAUAUAUUUUUUUAAAAAAUAAUUAUUUAACGGAUUCAAUAAAAAUAUUAUAUAGAGGAACAUUAAGAACAUUAUUAAUCUUAUUACAUGAUUUCCCAGAAUUCUUAUGUGUAUAUAAUUUCUCAUUUUGUAAUGUCAUACCUUUAAAUUGUGUUCAAUUAAGAAAUUUAAUAUUAUCAGCAUUCCCAAGAAAUAUAAAAUUACCUCAUCCAUUUAAUCCUAACCUAAAAAUAGAUGAAUUACCAGAAAUUAAAAUACCACCUGUUAUAUUAAAUAAUUUUACAUUUAUAUUAAUUGAUUAUAAUAUUAAAAAAGAUAUAAAUAAUUAUUUCCUAAAAAGAAAUAUUAUCUAUUUACAAAAAAUACAUAAAAAAUUAAUUAUCAAAAAUAAAAUGAAAGCUUUAUAUUUAAAAACAAAAUAUAAUGUAUCAUUAAUAAAUGCAGUUGUUUUAUAUAUAGGAAUGUCAUUACCAUCAAGUAUAUUAAUAUUUCAUAACUCUUCACAAUCACAUCCCGCUAUAGAAAUAAUACUUUAUUUAACAUAUAAAUUUGAUAUGGAAGGGAGACAUUAUUUAUUUUCUUCAAUAGCUAAUCAUUUAAGAUAUCCAAAUUCUCACACUCAUUAUUUCUCUUGUCUAUUAUUAUGGAUAUUUAAAGUAUCCAAUACAGAAAUUAUUAACGAACAAAUUACAGGUAUAUUAAUAGAACGUCUUAUUGUGCAUAGACCACAUCCUUGGGGAUUAUUAAUAACAUUUAUUGAACUUAUAAGAAAUCCCAUUUUUAAAUUUUGGCAAUGUUCAUUUGUUAGCGUUGUUCCAGAAAUUGAAAAUAUGUUUCAGUCUAUAGCUCAUUCAUGUUUGAUUAAUCAGAUGGAACAAUAUCAAAAUGUUUCUAGCAUGGGGAUAAAUAGCAAUAUUAAUAAUACGAAUAACAGUGAGAAUGAGAAUAAUAAAAUAAGUGUAAUGAAUAAUAUUAGCAUUUAUAGUAAUAAUAAUAAUAAUACUACUACUACUACUAAUAAUAAUAAUAAUAGUAGUAAUAAUAAUAGUAGUAGUGGUAAUAAUCAUUACAAUAUCUUGAAUAACACAAAUGUGGCACUUCAUUUAAAAAAUGUAAACCAUUUAAAUGUGUUUAAUCCUAAAAAUGUUAACAUACAAAAUAACUAUAAAAAUAAUGAUAUAAAUUCAACAAAUAUAAAUAACACAAAUAAUAAAAACUUAGAUAAUAACAAUUAUAAUAAUUAUAGUAUUUCAACACAAAAUAUGAUCAAUAAUAUUAAAAAUUUUAAUAAUUUAAAUAUAAAUAAUUUUCCAUCAAACAAUAUGAAUAAUAUAAAAAAUAUUGAUAAUACAUAUGCAAAAGCAAAUAUAAAUAAUUAUUUUAUAAAAAAUAAUAUCCCUUCUAAAAUAUCAAAUCAUAUAUCAUUUAAUACACAAAAUAAUACCAACAUUAAUAAGCACCAUCCUUUGAAUGAACAAAAUAAUAAUAAAGAAUUUUCUAAUAUGAAUCAAAACAUUAUACACAAUUUUAACAUAAAUUCACAUCCAACACAAACAUCAGAAACAAAUAUCAUCGAUCCAAAUAUUUUUAAUAUUAAUGAUAAUAAAAGUAAAAAUAUACCUAUUGAAAAAGAUGCUUAUAUGAAGGAAAUAAAAAGAAAUAUACAAAAUAAUAAUUUUAUUAAUCAUGACAAUAACAAAAAUACAAAUGCAUUUAAUAAUAAUAUGGUUGAUCAUAAUGUUAAAAAUUUCCUAAACCAGAAAAAAAAAAAUUUAACAUUUAAAGAAUAA